CACAAUCUUUCACUAUUUAUUUAGACACAAACUACUUCUCUCUCUCUCUCUCUCUCCAAAUUGCAAUGGCAACUCUGCACUCUCUUGCAUUGUCAUCUCCACUCUCCAACUCUCUACACAAUUCACGCUCAAGCACAGCUCCAACUUCAGCUGUUCAUCGAAGCGUGCAUUCGUCAUUCAAUGGCCAAUCCUUAAACUUGCCACGGUUGAGGUUACCUAAGCUAACUACAAGUUCUCCGAUGCGCAUUCCGGUUGUCAUGAUGGUGAAACCUGCAAUACAGUUCAUCCAAGGAACUGAUGAAUUAACAAUACCAGAUGUAAGGCUCACCAAAUCAAGGGAUGGAACAAACGGCAUGGCCAUCUUCAAGUUUGAUCAACCCUCAGUUUUCGAUUCCUCCGGCGAAGUAGGUGACAUCACCGGGCUAUACCUGAUCGACGAGGAAGGGGUCCUUCAGUCGGUCGAUGUGAGUGCUAAAUUUGUCAAUGGAAAGCCUUCUGGAAUCGAAGCGAAGUAUGUAAUGCGGACUCCAAGGGAAUGGGACAGAUUCAUGAGAUUCAUGGAGAGAUACUCUAAUGCAAACGGCUUGCAAUUCAUCAAAAAAUGAGCUAUUGUGCUAACAACUUUUUUCCCAUUCUUAUUCUUUUGCCCUUUUGUCAUGAAGUUUGAUUUUCUGUAAUAAUAUAUAUAGUAUGAUAAAUAUGAGUGAAUGCUGAAUUGGCAUGCAUGUAACUUCUUUUGACCACCAUGUUCUUGUAAAAUUUUGCUUGUCCUGCUGCUUUUUUAUGCUUCCCA